GUAAACAAGCGCUCCGUGUUUGUGGGGAAUCUGUCAUUCGAGAUGAACGAACUGGCCUUCCGGCAGCACUUUGAGGACUGUGGCAAAGUGGAGGCCGUACGACUGGUGCGGGACCAGGACUCUGGAUUCGGGAAAGGAUUCGGCUACGUCCUGUUUGAGAGCUCCGACCCCGUGCAGCUGGCGCUGGAACUGGACGGCACAAAACUGGACGGCAGACCCCUCCGGGUGAGGAGGGCGGAGAAACAGGCGAAUAAAGGUGGCGGCAGGAGGAGGAGCGGCAAGGGCCCCGUGAAGGGCCCCGUGAAGGGCCCCGUGUCCCGUCAGGAGAGAGCAGGCCGGAAGAAUUUCACCGGAAACCAGCAGAAUCCGACCAAGAGCUCCACCUCGUUCAGAGGAGAGAUGGUGGAUCCGAACAAAAAGAGCCAAAAGAAAGUACUGAAGAAGAAGAGGAGGCCGAAGCCCAAAAAGAGAGUUCAUAUCUGAUAUGCGAUCUACAUCUCGUAGAAACAGAAAAGGUGUGAGGACGAAUCAAAAGUCAAAGGAUGAACCAAAAGGAAUGAAUGACCAUCGUUGAUGUGGAUUCGUGCCACGUGCGCAUUUGGAGAGGUUACGUCCGCACAACUAAAGACACAAUCCAGAGGACAGACGAGUCAUUUCAGCUCUGGAUGUUUUUCUGAUUGACUCACAUUUAAUUGUUAGCUUCAUAUUUAACACGGAUGUGCUAGUUAUUGAUCUUCUCUUCUGUAACUUUCUGUGAGAAAAUCAAUAAACACGUUUCUUUAUA